GUUCCAAAGUCACGGAUCACCGACUUCAAACGCGAUUUGCAUAUCAGUUCAACAAAUCAUUGCAGUUAACGUACCGGCACGGCAGACAUGUCUUCAUUCGGUUUGAUUCUGUUCUGUUCCCUGCUAUUUCUUCAAGAUCCUCCUGUCAAAUCAAAGCAGGUAAAAUUCCCUCGAGAAUUUGUAAAGUUCCUUCAUAAAGCUGGAAUACCAUUAGGCAGUGUGUUACGCCGCAACCGUCCGUUCCACCUACCUGGUGUGUCCGCCAUAUCUGCUCCGCGGUAUGACGCAACUUCUAGAUCCCAGGCCAUGAGUGAUACUCCAGAGCAUUCCAAUGGCGUCAUAACUACGCAAUUAAACAACCUGCCAUACAUUCCAAGCGAAAGCCAUUGUAAGCCGAGACCAGUCGCCUUCAGAAUACCAAAGAGUGUUCACGUUCGCACCUACCCUGAUUAUGUCAUCCUCAACCGCUGCACUGGAGGUUGCACGGCCAAUCAGGAGACCCAACACUGCGCUGUAACAGCACAAGACGCCAUUAAUGUUAACAUAUUUGAAAUAGUAGGCGACCAACCUUAUAUUACCAGUACUGUCAUCUACAAUCACACUGCGUGUGGCUGCGAUUGUAUCACUAAGGAGAGCGAUUGCGAUCCACAGAAACAAACCUGGAACGAAAACACCUGUGGUUGUGAUUGCAUCGCCAACGCAAACAAUUGCGCAGCCAACCAGAAACUUGACGACAAAAAAUGCGUGUGUAAAUGCAACGAAGCAGAAAAACACUGUGACCACGUACACAAAGUGUGGGACACCACGAACUGUGGAUGUCACUGCAAAGCCAUUCUUCAAGAUCACUGCGCAGCUCAAAACCAGCUUAUCAAUUCAACUACUUGCGAGUGUAACAGUGUUCACGCAUGAACGCUUGCGUGACUUUAUUUUGUAUCAUUGUGAUUCCUGUUACGGUGUCACGCAUCUACGCUCUUUAGGCAAAACGCUACUAUGUAUCUACCAAUAGCGUAGUAAAGUCAAUUUCAAAAUUUUUUCCUCGCAAUUUCAUAUUCAUAGGACAAUAUUGUGAAAGCAAAUGGCUAGAAACAAUUAAGGUGCCACGUUAUUAAAGUUAAGUUUAACUUCAACAAGAAAUAUUUGCAAGACUUGAACUUCUAAGUAUUCUCUUUUCAUUAUAUCUUGAUUUCUACAAUAUGACAGACAGAACUCAUUUGUUCAGCCGACAAGUUAAGUCUGUUCUCAUGACCUGUCCUGCGAAGAAAAUCUUGUAAUUAUUAUCGCAAAGAAAAGAUGUCCAUGACUUGUAGGAGUCUGCAGGUUAACAAUCCUUGCUUGUACCAGGCACUAAGUUUAAAGGGAAAAGGAAAAUGGGGAUCUUACUCGUCGCUCCAUUCCAGAUCCCCGUCCUCUUUUCCUCGCCUCAAUAGACCAAGAGCCUGGAUCAAGCCAUAAAAGUUAGAUCUUGGAAACUAUUGAUCAUUGCCACACAUUUCAUUUCAUUGCCUUUCUUGUCAGCUGUUUGGGGUGAGCACCGGUCGAAUCUGUUUUAUGGCGUUUCGAGGAACUUUGUCAAAUAAAAUUAGUCCAGAAGCUUUCUCGAUCGUGUCAACUGGGACCUGGAACAUGUGCAUAGGUGUCUUGUCGUUGAUUGGCUGAUUGGGCAAUAUGUACGACUAGAGCGAGACACAAAAAAGCACGUGAUUAGGAUGUGUCUGUCAUAUGAACAGCACGUACAUUACGUUGAAAAGAGGUUACAUUAUACGUGUCAUAGAAAGUCAAGUUUGGACUUCCAAAAGCAAAGUUUGUCUUUUUUUAAUUCAAGCUAACGUUUUCCAAUCCCUAAUUAUUUCAGUGAUUUAUGGUUCAUUUUUUAAUCAGGCAACUGUAAAAUGCAUUCAGCAGAACUUUUACAUAGCUGGGCCCGAUCCAAAAGAAUUAAAUUUAAAAUCUCCUACGCCAUGGUAGCAAAUAAUUAAAUUGUAAGGCAGAGAAGCUCACGCAGAUCUCAUUUGAACUCAAUAUCGGAGUUGAGCUUUGCUUGGCCGUAAAACUGAGCACCAUUCAACUGACAGUCAAAAUUAAUCCGGGAUUGCAGUUGCUUUGCUUUAUUACGCCCUGUGACUAGUUAAAAAAAAACUCGCGCUUCUCUCUCGACCAAUCAAAUGCAAAACAAAACCAAAUCGCGACUUGGGCACCCGCAUUUGCCCGCGCUUGGAGCAGUUUGUUUGUCAUUAGCUCCUUGUAACAUUUUACCUUAGCUCUGAGUUGUUUAGACACUCAGUAGAAAUGCGCUCAAUACUUGAAAAGUGUCGUGAAAAGCAAAGACAAAGCAAAAAUACAUACCUGCAUUUCUAACUGGUUAUCCGUGGUCUCUCCCAAAAUUACUUUAAAAUAAUGCGUAGGAACUGCGAUGCGGUUUUUCCCAAUCAACUAAGUUGAAAGAAGAGAAAAUAAGUGGCAAAAAUACAAGAUACAAGAUACAUGUAAAUAAAAACUAUGUUGUAUUAUACUUACAGACUUAGUAAACAACUUACCUUGUACUUCACAUAAAGCUGAUUGUCUGCCUCUAUCCUAACACGAAAUUGAAAACAUAAAACAUUAAACAGUUAAUGAAUGGU